AUGAGCUCAAUCGGUACCGGUUACGAUCUAGCCGCGUCGACCUUCUCACCGGAUGGACGCCUUUUCCAGGUCGAAUAUGCGCAAAAAGCCGUUGACAACUGCGACACCAUGCUGGCGCUGCGUGGCAAGAACGGCGUCGUCUGUGCUGUAGAAAAAGUCAUCAGCUCGCAGCUCAACGUCGAGAACUACAACCCACGGAUGAUGGCCGCAUCUGAGCACGUUGGGCUUGGGCUGGCCGGCGUCUAUCCGGACUGCAGAAAUCUGAGGGAUUAUGCCGUGGAAGAGUGCCAGAAGUACCUGCGUGACUAUCGCACAACGAUGCCAGCAAAGAAACUAGCCCAAAGCAUUGCCGAGUACGUUCACAUCUUCACGCUCGGCAUCAGCCGUCCGUAUGGCUGCUCGCUGUUUAUCAAUUCCUGGGACAAGAAGGAGGGUGGCAAGAUCUACUUUGUCGAGCCGAACGGUUUGCACUACGAAUACAAGGCCUGGGCCGUCGGCAAGCAUCGCCAGCCAGCGAAAGCCGAGAUUGAGAAGCUGAAGCUGGAGGAGCUGGACCUCGAUGACCUCGUAAAAGAAGCUGUUCGCAUCAUCAUGGCCAUCCGCGAUGAAGGAAAAAAGAAUUGCACAAUCGAAGUCAGCUGGGUGGGCGCGAGGACCAAUGGCGUCGUUGAGCUCGUGCCAAAUGCUGUGCUGGACGCUGCCGAAGAAUGGGCCAAGGCGAAAAUCGACGAGGAUGAUAUGGACGAG